AUGCAGCGCGCCCUGAGCCAGGAUCGUCUGGGGGUGAAGGCUGGUGCCGAGUUUGCAGCGGCAGCCGUGGCGGCGGACGCAGUUGGUGCGCAGCUGGUGCUGGGCGAUCGGCCGGUGGAGAUCACGCUGCAGCGCGCAUGGGAUGCGCUCAGCUGGCGGCGGCGGGCGACACUGCUGGCAGAACUGGCUCGUGCAGCGGCGGCGCCGCUGCCACCGGAGCUCAGUGCAGAGCUGGUGGAGGCCCUCAAGCAGGACGGUGCAGUCAACUCAAUGUUUGCACAGUGGAGCACCCGCUACCCUGAUCUUAUAUCGCCACUGGUGGCGGAGCGCGACCUUUACCUGGCGUGGUCCCUCAAGCGCAGCAAGGCAGUUAACGGCACCAGCCGCGUGGUAGGGGUCAUCGGGAAGGGCCACCUGCAGCGUGUGGGCUGUGGCAUCGCCGUCCUGUCGAUGGUUUUUCAGCAGCAGCAGCAGCAGCAGCAGCAGCAGCAGCAGCAGCAGCAGCAGCAGCAGCAGCAGCAGCAGCAGCAGCAGCAGCAGCAGCAGCAGCAGCAGCGGCAGCAU